GGUAGAUUUGAUAUUUCUCACUGUGUAUUGUUAAGAAAAAACACAUAAUUUUGACUUUUAUGAUUGAAUUAACUUUAGUUUUUUCGUUGGUGAGCUAUACAUAACAAUUCUGAAACUUUGCUUGUCCAAAAACUUCCGUGAUUAUUAUUUUUAAUGCCUACCUCAAGUGACAGGUUAACAGUUAGUGCUACUUUGUGGGCAUCAUUUGAAUAAUGGAUCCCUUUCCUGCCAGAUGGAGUGAGAUUCUCGAAGACAUGCUUCCUCGCAGUGAAUGUGAUAUCUGCAGCCCCCCUAUGGACAUAGGACCUCCACCCCCACUUCCUGCAAGUUUUCAAGAUAAAGCAAUAUUGUCCGGCAGCUGCAAUGUUUGUAGCCUACUCUCUGAAGUUGAAAUAAGGCCUAUGCAAGUUGCAGAUGCGAACUUGCUCCCGGUUGCUGCUACUUUUGUUGUUGGAAUAAUUUUUGUCAUAAUUACAUUAGUAGUUCUACUAUUAAAAAUGAAAAAAUGUCAAGCAUUUGUUCCACAUGCUGUCUGUUGGAUCUUUCCACGCAAUGUGCUUCCUCACACAGAGCUUGCUCCCAGCUCUCUCCCGAGUCCUUCUCCUAGUAUGGAGAAGCUCAAGGAUUCUGAAGGCAAGCGUCAGUGGCACACUUCCAGCCGAUCGUUGCAGUCGGAGAACAUCUAUGAGGUUUGCUCUCCUCCUUCUCCAGAUUCACUGUAUGAAGAGGUUGGCCCGGGACCCAGAUCUGAGUGCUCCCCUUAUGGCAUUGUUAGGGUAGAGAACUCUUUGAAUCGAAGCAAUAACUUUGUUUCUGACAUAGGUCGUGAUUGUGUUACAGGCUCCCUUCAGCCUUGUCUGAUGCGUAAUAUUGCUCUGCCUAACUCCCGAUUUUCUACAUUUGGUGGGAGUGCACAUGGUUUUGUUAAUCCUGUUGUUCGGGAUUCGCAUUUUACUGGUUCGCAAACGUUACGCUCUAGCUUCCGACCCAGAAAUGGUGGCUUUGUGCAAAAGAGAGAAUUACCACCUGUUCCUGGGGAUAAUUUUUAAAUAUUUUUCUGUUAAAGGUGAUGUAUGGAUGGCUAUUUCUUGCUGUUUGUUUUGACUUUAAUGCUAGCACAACUUUUAUUGCAAAAGGGAAAAACACAUUGUGCAUAACUCAGCAGAUAUGAUGUGUUUAAGACCAAAUUAAAGCUAAUCAAAAUCUAUUUUUUGAAACUUAUGUUGUACAAAUUGGACGUUAUAUACAUUAAUGAGUAGAGCCCAGAUUAUAUGCACAAAAAAAAAAAAAAAAAAAAAAAACAUGGAAAUAUGCACUGCUAUUUCUUUUUACUUUCUCAAAGUAUAUUUCACUACUGGUUAAAAGAAGACAUUAACCUUUCUAUUUUUUUAUUUAGCUUUUAAAGCAAUCUGUAUUAAGACAUUUUUUUCAAUUUUUUUAACAAAUUACAUUUUAUCUGCAACAAAGUCCAUAUUUAUCUGUUAGAUUUCUAAUAACAGUUUUAAAAGCGGCAUUAUGGCUUUGAACUCAAAAAUGUCACUUAGAGCCAAAAUGUGUCCCUGACAAUUAUCCUAUAAAUGACUUUCUACAGGUUCCCUUUUUUAUCUUAUGAAGAACAAAAUAUUUAUUUUUAAUUUCUUUCAUUUUAGUAAAAUUUACAAAAGGGAGGAAAAACUCUGUAAUAUGCAUUCAUUUUUAAAUUUAGUAUGUUUUAUGCAUUUAAAUACAUUAACUUCAAGAGAAGCAAAAAUAUGCAAUUGCAUGUGGUCGCCUCAGAGCAACCGUAAGAUAUCUUACUGUUGUUCUGAGGCGACAAUAUGCACAUAUGCAUUUACACAUAAUUCUGGCUCUAUUUAUGAGUGUAAUCACAAAAUAUGAAAAUUAAAAGUCUUUCUUAACUAGAAAAUGCCAGUGUCUUGAGGUUUAUUUUACAUUUUUGUUGAAUGAUAAACAUUGAUUUAAAAAUACUCAAUAAAAAUAAUAGUGUUGUUAUUGAGAGAAGUAUAAUUUAUAAAAAAAGGUCAUUUAAAAGUUGAUUUUAAUCAAUGAAAACAUGUUCAAACUUUUAAAAAUUUAGUCGAAACCUUAUUUAAAAAAAAAUUAACUGAGAUUUAUGUAUCACUAAAUGUUAGAAUAGUCUUUCAUGGUUAGUAUUUAGUGUACUAACCUACUAAUAUCAUGUAAUAUGGUCAAACCUGUUUAUCUUGCACAUGCCUAUCUGGAAAACUUCUGUGUGUCUAUUUGUUUUUAAUUUCCUUUCAUCUGUAGCAAAAAAUUAAUAUUUUUCCUUUUUUUUUUUUUUCAAAUUUACCCUCAAAUUCUGAGUAUCUUAAAUUCCAUUGAAUUAUCAGAAUCAAGGCACAGAGACAUUUUUCAAUAGAAAAAGUUGCUGGAAAAACACAUUCCUUCUUUUAUCAGCACUCAUAAUUUUCUCAAAGUUCAGGGAAAUCUGCUUUCAAGGAAUAAGUUUUUUUAUGAGUCACACCAUCUUUGACAGUGGGGAGAAAAGGAGUAUCGAAGAAAUGGGUAAUGAAAGUGACUUUCAAUAACUAAGGUGAAAAGUCAUUUUGUUGUGUUUCUCUUAGUUUAUGUUGUUUUAAUGUUUAUAUUCUCGCUAGCAAGGAUCAAGUAACUUUUUAAAUUAAAAUAACUGAUUUAAAACACAUCGUGCCCCCUCCCCUCAAGGUGU